AGACACUACGCGGCAUCUAAAUCGCGUCUCGAAAUUGGCAAACUUCUGAUAUCGCGUGGUGCCGAUAUCAACGCAAGGGAUAGGGCCGGACAAGUACCUUUGCAUCGUGCUGCAACCACGGGUUCUGUGGGGUUUAUACGCCUCUUGUUGGAAUCAUCCAAGCCGCCUAGUAAGACACGAAUCAACCCUGCGGAUCGGAUUGGGAACACGCCCCUCCACUUGGCAAUGGACUCUGCUCAUGCAGAAGCCGCUGUCGUUCUCAUUGAGGCCGGAGCAGAUAGAGGCCGGUUGAACCAGGACGGCGAAGCCCCAGAAGACAUGGAAGGUGUUGGAGGCAUGGAACAACGUCGUGCAAAACAGCAUGUUGUUGAUUCUUGCGGAAAACCAUGA